AUGCCUGGUCGGUCAUCCACCCCCCCUCCGCACCUUACACUGAACACUUCUUCGCGGGGCACACCCGCUGCCGUCCCCAACAAGCACAUACCCAUCUGCUCUCCUGGCCCGGUGCCUGCCCGCGGCCUUGAGACCCCACCCGCCUCACCACCAUCCAAGGAGAGCCUCAUUGAGACUUCGUCAAUUACCUACCCGCCAGAUUCUUUUUGCGUUGAGUACUCACGAGACCCGCCCAUCUGGACUAUCACCUCACAGAGACUGGCACAGGCCCUCGAGCACAUGUCAACCCAGGCAUUGCCGAACCCUGAGCACGUGUUUCCAUGGUUGCAUGGGCUCCACGCUGACAACCAGAUCCAGCUCGCCUUCUUUGUCUCACGGCGAAAGAGCGUUCGAAAGGUCCCCAGGUGCAUCCGCAGCAUUACUCUUGUCAAGACCGGUGGAGAUUUAUCCUCUUCGAAAUUAAAAGGCGCAAUAUCACCCGAGGAGCUGCUACCAUCUUCAUCUGAUGACUCUGGCGCCUUCCUCGAGUGCGAUCCCAAGGACGGUUUCUCAGUUCGCAACUUCCAGAUCCAGGCUUGCAAGAUGGCUAUGGUGUCAGAUAUUAUCGUCUAUGGCGACGACAAAACUAACCCCAGCGACACGAUUGCUCUUGCUACACGCAUCUCCCAGGCUCAGCGACAGAAUGAGGCAAGAUAUGGCUUUCAUAGAGGAUUGUUUAACACUUUCAUGCUCUGCGAUCCUUUCAGCCAUGUUGAGAGGGCUCAUCCCGAGCUGAUUGCAGUUGAUUCUAGCGGGGCAAUGACUGGGAAUGUUGUGGAUUUCUUCUAUUGGGAACGUUAUGAAAUGUGUGCAAUGUCUAAGGCUUCAGAAAUAAGCUCAAAUGUGUUCUUGGGACCGACCCCAGACCCAGUUCUGGAAUCGGGAUCCACUAGUGAGCAUGUGUUUGACAUUCUCAUCGAAGGCAAUGAUCUUGCCCAUGUUCCCGACUCACGAACUCUGCGAAAUCACCGUACGGCCCUAGAAAGUAAUUCUGAAAAUCCUCUUCAUAUGGAGUUUCCCUCGUCGGGGAGUAUUAUGCCGCCAACGUGGUCUCAUGCCGAAGUCGACGGUCUCAUGGAGACGUGCAAGUGGAUUUAUGAAUUGGCGAAUCCCCUGGAAGUUAAGAAGAUGGAGGGAAGAAAGCGCAAUGACAGCGAAGCAAUUGAGUUGGAAGAGAUGUCGACGUCACCACGUAAAAUAUUGAUACAUUGCACGGACGGCUAUACUGAGUCAUCAUUGCUCGGCUUGGCCUACUUCAUGUAUGCCGAAGGACUGCCAGUGCACGAAGCUUGGGUCCAAUUGCAUCGGGAGAAGGGUCGCAACUUCUUCGCAUAUCCUACAGAUGUCGCGUUACUCACCUCGAUUCAGCCUCGCAUUCUUCAAGAGUCACCCCGCUGGCAAAAGGAUGUUAUCAACAUUUCAGAGCCCUCAUGGUUAUCGCGCAUUGAUGGUAGUCUCCCUAGCAGGAUUCUCCCUUAUAUGUAUCUUGGGAAUCUCGGUCAUGCAAACAACCCAGAGCUGCUCCGCGAAUUGGGUAUUACCCGCAUACUCAGCGUUGGGGAGUCGUUGACAUGGCAGGAAGAUAUGAAGAAAAAGCUCAAUUGGCCGAGCGAACAUCUAAUGAUGGUCGACAGAGUGCAGGAUAACGGCGUGGACCCUCUCUGGGACGAAUUUGAUCGGUGUCUUAGGUUUAUUGAGAGCGGAAAGCUUGAUGGAGGAGCAACACUUGUGCACUGCCGGGUCGGUGUUUCCCGGUCAGCGACGAUUUGCAUUGCAGAGGUUAUGAACGAAAUGGGACUUUCUUUUCCUCGUGCCUAUUGCUUUGUUCGGGCCAGGCGCCUGAAUGUUAUUAUUCAACCCCACCUUCGAUUUACAUACGAGUUAUUGAAGUGGGAAGAAUAUCAACGCCAGCGACGCAAUGAGCCACUUCGGCGGGAACUCGAGUGGGCCACUAUUGCGCGCGAGAUUGCCUUGAUGAACAAGCCCUACUCGAGGUAG